AUGAAUUCAGCUUUCCAAGCUCUUUCAAACUAUGCUCCAUUAACAAGUUAUUUUCUUGAUUGUAUUCCAUUCGCUGCCAAUAAUACAUAUUAUCGGGUAAUGAAGAUUCACGAUCAUCAUCACAUAAUAAAUCAAUGGAAGAUUAGUCAAAGCUUAUUCAAAAUUUAUUGAAUCAAUGUGCACAAAACCAAAUCAUGGACGAGAAAAGUUUGAAAUAGUUUUUCUUGUGUGUUUGUUUUUUUAAAACUUAGUCAAGUAAUGAAUCCAAAUCUGAUAGCAACAGAAAUUCGUUCUUAUAUUCAACAAGUUUGAUUUGAAAAGUAGAAUUUCUUCGAUGUUUUAUGGAUGAAUUACAUUCAGAUGAUAAAUAUCGAAAUGAAAAUAGUGUAAUGGCAAUUCUCAUACCUAAGUAUGUAUGUUAAUUAAUAAAUUUUUUUUCUAGAAAUUAUAAAUUAAAAAUAGAGAUUAACUAUUCAUGUGAAAUAUACUUAAACUUUAUAUAUCACAACGAUUAUUUGUUUUUUAAUAGUUCCAGUACAAUUCGUAUCUUUGUUUCGAUUUAGAGAACUCUUUCGCAAAUUUAUUGAAUACUUGUUUUUUUUCAAUUGAUUCUAAUUUCUAUAAGACUUCUAGAAUACACUAUAUAUCUAUCUGUCAUAUAUAGAGUUAUUUCUUUAUAUAUCCAUUCUUGUACAUCUUUGUUCUAUUCAAGUCUCGUUAAGAAAAUCCUUGAAGAAUCUCUUAUAAUAUAUUAGUACGAUGCGUUAUAAAAGAAAUGAUUAAAAGAAAUAUGAAAAAUAUAGGAUUUUGAUAAUUAAUU